ACCGAGGGCCGGGAGGAGAAGGGCCUCCGCUGCUCCAAAUCCUUCACGGCCGCGUUGCCCGGCGAGACGGAGCGCAACGGGCACGGGCUCGCCUACAAGUCGGUGUCGGUCGGGCACCUGGAGGCGGCCCCGCUCUCGCCGUCCCGGCUCAGCCUGGGCAGAGCCUCCUCCACGGCCACCAGCACGGCGGCACCGGAGCAGGGCCGCCCGCGGGACUACCUGGUGCUCGCCAUCUUCUCCUGCUUCUGCCCCGUCUGGCCCAUCAACGUCGUGGCCCUCGUCUUCUCCAUCAAG